UUCCGGGGCUGCGCCAUGCUGCGGGGGGCGGCGGGGCGGGCUGCGCUGCUGCGGGCGGUGCGGGGCGCUGCGGGCAGAGCCGGGCUGGGCCGCGCUGUGCCCCGCGCUGAGGAUGAGGAGGAGGAGGAGGAAGAGCAGCCGGUGGGACGCGUCCCGCUGUACCCCGGGCACAUCCCCACCAGCACGAUGCAGAAAGCGCUGCUGGCGGCCGGCUCGGCGUGCGCCGCGCUGUGGGAUCCCUAUAGGCACGACAUGGUGGCAGUCCUCGGUGAGACCACGGGCUGCCUUGCCCUGCCCAAGCUGCGAGACAGGAUGAGGAAUGACCCCGAAGGUUACCGCAUCCUCCAGGAGCGGCCUCGCAUCCACCUUUCCACACUGGACAUGGCCCGGCUGCGGGGGCUGCCAGAUGGCACAUUGGGCCGUGAAUACGUCCGCUUCUUGGAGGACAAUAAGGUUUCUCCGGACACCCGCAUGCCAGCCAAGUUUGUGGAUGAUGAAGAACUGGCGUAUGUGAUCCAGCGGUACCGAGAAGUGCACGACCUGAUGCACACCCUGCUGGGCAUGCCCACCAACAUGCUGGGUGAGGUCGUGGUGAAAUGGUUCGAAGCUGUCCAGACGGGGCUGCCCAUGUGUGUGCUGGGAGCAGCGUUUGGCCCCGUUCGUCUCAAUGCAAGAAAGCUGCAGGUUCUGGUCACUGAGCUGCUUCCAUGGGCCAUCCGGAGCGGGAGCAACGCCAGCUGUGUCCUGUGUGUGUAUUAUGAGCAGCGCUGGGAGCAGAGCGUGGAAUCCCUGCGGGAGGAGAUUGGCAUCUUCCCUCCUCCUGCUGUCCGUGUGUGAGCGAGGAAUGGGGGCAUCCCCCGUUGGCAGCCGUUCCCUGCCCUGCUCCAUCUCCUCGUGCUGCAGGAGCACAAUGUGGCUCUGCUGGUACCGACCUGGUGCUGUUUUCCCCUGUCAAGAACUGGCAGCCCCCUGUUGGGAGAGACCCCCCCGUGCCCUGACAGUGUGACCCCUGCUGCUGCGUGCCAGCGGGUGGAGACGUGGCCAAGUCCUGCCGUGCUUUUGCAGCUGGGUUGAGCUGGGUUGAGCAGACACAGCAGACUCACGGCAUGCAGGGGGAUGGACUGCCCUGCUGCCGUGCCCAGGGCCGGCUGCUCAGUCUGAAGAUCCCAGGCUGCCCUGAGGUCCUCACAGUCCAAAAUAUCCUUGUGAGGUUUGCGAUAGGAGCCGUCUCCCUCUGACAGUGAUGGGAUCAGGGCUGGAGGCUGCCCCGCACCGGGCGCUGCUCGCAGUGUGGGUUGAAGGUUCUGCUUGCAGAACCGGGGCGGAGCCACGAGGCAGGUGGUUGCGUGCGGGGCGGUUCGCUGUUGAAAUUCCUUCUUGCUCAAUAAAACCUGCGUUGGAGCUGCG